AUGUACGAGAAUGGUUUCAUCGUCAAGCAAGCAGCACGACCUGAAAAAGAAGUAGUAUUUUAUACAGAUGUAAACCAUUUAGCCUCUAUCGGUGUACAGUGUAAAGAAAAUGAAUAUCAAGAACGAUGUCAAUAUAUAUUGAAUGGACGAAUAUUUUUAAACGGAGAGCAUCAUGUGAUUAAACCAAGAUCUGUAGGAAAUUUAUCAGAUGUAGAAAACCACCACCUUAUACCUCAGGAGAACCAAGUUAUUGAUUUUGGAAACGAUGCUCGUAAAAUUCCAGAAGAUGUGUUAUCGCAAGAUAAAAAGAUAUCAAGAACGGCUGUGGGCGGUAACCCUAUUGCAACAACACAUUACAAAGUAGAACUCCUACCCUGUACCGAUUUCGGGAUUUAUGAAUAUUGGUAUAAUCAAAGUACUGGGAAUACUGACACUGAAAGGAACAUGGCAACAAUUGAUUCCAUCAUGGAGUACUACGCUUAUGUUAUAAAUGAUAUGAACGUUCACUAUGAGAGUAUUCAGGGUGUUCCAUGGGACAUGAAAAAUGUGUAUGCUGGUAUUUAUAUUGCUACUUCUCCAACAGAAUCUACUUGGACAGAAACCAUUAAAUAUCUAAGUUCCGGGGAAUACAUAGUUGACGGUGAUAUUGCUUUGAACAACUUUAAAGCAUGGUUAGAAACAAACGCAGCACAGUUACCUGAUUACGACCACGCAAUGUUAUUUUCAGGGUACGAUUUGUUUACAAGUACACCAGAAGGACCAUCUACAGGUCUACUAGGUUUAGCAUGGGUCGGAGCAAUUUGCACUAAAGUGAGGUACACUGCUUACUAUGAGAAUUCCAUUGUUGAAGAUAAAGGCAAAGCAAUUGUAGGUCUUGUAGCAGCACAUGAACUUGGUCAUAACUUAGGAGCUUCCCAUGAUACUUCGAGUAAGAACAACUGCUCUGCUGAUGACAGAUACGUUAUGGCACCGAGUGCAUAUGCAAAAAAAGACGAGAAAGCAACAAAUCACUAUAUUUUUUCAAACUGCUCAAUUGACUACUUUCAGGAGUAUAUAGAUGAGCUCAACAAGGUUGAUAAAAAUUGCAUGGCAUCAUUGUCACCAAACAAUGAUCCUACAGCACUUGACAAGUACAAUGCUACGUUACACGGACAGAUAUACAAUCACGACGAGCAAUGUAUGCAAAAUAGACAUUCUGAAGAUUCAUAUCUUUGUAGGAACCAGCACUAUCUAGAUCCUACAACAGUUUGUAAAUAUAUGUAUUGUUUAGUACCAGGAACAGGAUUUUGCAGCAUACAUAUACCUUGGGAGGGAACUGUGUGUGGUGAUGGAAAGUGGUGUAUUGCUGGCAAAUGUUGUGAAGAUGUACGAGCACAAUCAGCGAACUCUUCCUGUAUACUAGGAGAUGCUCCAUUUUGUGCUAGCGACAUCAUUCCUAAGCCACGUCUUUGUUAUGAUAAUUAUUAUAAUCCGAUAUACUGCUGUGGAAUAUGUCAGAAUUACCAUACAGGAAUUACAGGUUGUGAAUAUGGGGAUCGUUUAAGUGGUUGUGUUAAAACUGAUUGUCCUUAUUAUGAUACAAAUACAAGAGAAAACUCCUGCUGUAAAACGUGCGCUCCAGACGAGUCUACAACAGAAGCUGUGAAAACGACGGAGAUGACAACCCAAGAAAGUACGACUCCUAUUACGACAACAGCAGACACUACAACACCAGAAGUCACUACAACAGAGGAUACAACUACAGUAAUGACAACGACUGAAAUGACAACACUGGAAAGCACAACAACAGAGGCUACAACUCCAGUUAAGACAUCAAUGGAGACUUCAACACCGGAAGGCACAACGACAAUUUCGACAACAAUGAAGACGACAACACCGGAGGUCACUUCGGCACAGGCUACUACAACAACAGUUAUGACCACGACUGAAAUAAAGACAAAAGAAGACACUACAACCGAGGCUACAACUCCAGUCAUUACAACAACGGUUAUGACAACAACUGAUAUGACAACACUAGAAGACACUACAACCAAGUGGUGGACACAACAACCGAGGCUACAACUCCGGUCAUUAUAA